CUUGAUAGCUUCGCUCCGUCUACAACCAAACCCGUCAACCAAAUCAUCCCCUAGCGUUGUCUGAGCGAUUCCCCGAAUAACGCCAGGAACUCGCGACAAUGCUUAUUCCCAAGGCCGACCGCAAGGCGAUCCACGAGUACCUCUUCCGCGAGGGUGUGCUCGUCGCCAAGAAGGACUUCAACCUUCCCAAGCAUGGCGACAUUGACACCAAGAACCUCUACGUGAUCAAGGCCUGCCAGUCUCUCACCUCCCGCGGUUACCUCAAGACCCGCUUCUCGUGGCAGUACUACUACUACACCCUCACCCCCGAGGGUCUCGACUACCUCCGCGAAUGGCUUCACCUGCCCGCUGAGAUCGUCCCUGCCACCCACAUCAAGCAGCAGCGUUCUCACGCUCCCCCUCGUGGUAUGCUCGGUGGUGAGGAGCGCGAGCGCCGCCCUGGUGGCCGUGGUGGUCCCCGUGAGGGAGGCUACCGCCGCCGUGAGGAGGGCAAGGAGGGUGGUGCCCCUGGCGAGUUCGCUCCUUCUUUCCGUGGCGGAUUCGGCCGUGGCCGUCCCGCUCCUCCUUCGUAAGCGGUUCUUGUUUGAUCGUCUUGCGAUGGCCUUAAAUGAUGUCGGUACGUGUGUUGGGACAUUUCGGAUGUAGUUGCAUCUGGUCCCUUGACCUCACCGUGCGCAUCAAAGAGGAAUAAAAAAGAAAAAAUAAUAUGGGGAAUGAAAUUUUAUGAUAGCCAUUUAUCAUGUUACGAGGUAGCUAGAUCAAUGGCAGGAUAUUCAUCACUCAAUUG